CACCCCAUAAACAAGCGAGACCGUUCGCCUUCCCCAUUUCAAACUCAACCGCGUCGCGGAGCGAGCGCGCACAAAAAGAGAGGAGCGGUCGUCUCCACUUCUACCACCGAUCGGAAGGGAAGGCGCAGGAGAGAUCCCGGACUCGGAGGCGAGGCCGAAAGGGGAGCGGAUGGUGGAGGCCGGCUCGAGCUUCAUGGAUAAGGUCGAGGCGGCGGUGGACGACGGCGGGGACGAGGUGGAGGAUGAGAUGGCGCCCGUGGAGCCCCUGCCAGAGCCCCCCGACGACGGCGGCCCGGUGGGGUGGCCCAUGCCGGAGUUCUGCCCUAUCACGAUCGAUGGGGCGCUCAAGGAGUCGUUCCUGGAGGCCAUGCGGAAGGACGCGGCGGAGGCGGAGCGGCCGCCGCGGGAGGAGUCGGAGGCGGAGUUGCAGAGCCCGGACUCGCGGCCGUCGAGCAGCAAGCGCCACCGCGCCGGCACCGCCUCGCCGUCACCCAGGAGCCCUUACCGCAACAUCCUGCAGGUGUUCCAGCAGUGCAGACAGGACGUGGUUGAGGAGACCGACACGAGGAAUUACUGAGAGCGAAGCAGAAUACAAGCCGCGACGCCACGGCUUUUUACUGUUAUUAUUCGAGGUUAAUCUGUUUAGAAACAGUUUACAUAUUGUUCUUUAAGGGUGGGGAAUUUUUGUUCUUGUGUAAAGAUGGGAUACAAAGUUACAAACCUAAAGUAAAUAACGCCAUGCGAAAUGCAGUUUCAUGAACGGUGUUUUCCCCCCUAUCUUUUAGACGCUCCAUUCAGCAUUGUAAUUGUAAAUUGAUAGAAGAAAU